CCAACUCCAACAAGAGUUAAAAGCUUCAACACCAUCAACUCUCUCCGUCCAAGAUAUUAGAACCCAACGUCUGGUACGUACGUGCAAAAUAAACCAGAGCACAACUCUUUCACAUACAUGGAUAUAUGAAGAGAGAAAGGUUAAGAAGUCUGCCCGACUGCGACUUUGUUGGUUGGUUGAUAUGUAGCAGUAAGUCAUCACAGAUAGGUGUGAACACAUAACAGAAGAGGAAUGUCUCCGUACCGAAAACCUGUCGCAAAGCAGUGCUUGUGCUGUGAUGACUUGAGAAAGACGACGGAGAGCACGGAGCAGUACGCAGCAGAGACGCUCCGUUUCGAAUACGCUCACUGAAAUCUCAACGCCACACCGAAGAUCAAAUUCAGAAGGAAAAGGAAGGAAAGAGUUGUGUGUGAGACGACCGGAGGAGCAUCCGACCGAUAACAUAACAUAUACACAUACAUACACCCACAACGAGCCUCAUCCAUUCAUUCCCUUUUCUAUAUCGACACUGGACGGAGAUCAUCCUUCUUCGUAUACCCAACAAAACGACCCCAUCCAUCCCACAUUGUUGAUUGUUGAUCUUACGUUAACUUGUAAUUCGGACCCGGUGUUUUCUCAGUGAGAAACUGUUUUCUUCUAUAUUGUAAAUCGUGUGGUGAAAAGAAACAAGUCGUUGUUUUUCUAUACUUUAUCCACUCGCUCUAAAAACUAAAGAAAACUCAUCACAAUUGACUGGACGAGACGGAUAAGUUACAACAUUGUGGUAAUAGCUCAGGUUUUCUCAACUAAGAGGAUAAAGACAAUCUUUCUUUUUUUAAAAAACAAAAGCCCCCGUUCGUUGGUUGGUGUGCCGUUCCCUCAAAAAUAAAUCGAUUAAGGAAACAUUGUCAAUUCAACCUUAUUAAGUGUUGUUUUGUAAGAGUCAAAAGUGCAAACUGACUGAGUACGUGUUGAGACAACUGAACUCUUUGAACUGAUCCAGCAAAGUUUACUUUCGCAAAUCUCAAUAAACAGAACAUAUAAUCAUGGUCACUUGUGAAUGGAACUGUGUGUCUAUGUGUGUGUAAUAUGAUGUUUGUUUAUUCCCAUUUCAUCCACAAGGAAUGUUUUCUCUGAAAACUUAACACUUUCUCCAAAAACAACACUUUCGUCUGAUUGUUUGUAUUUGUAAUGCAACUUAUCAUAAUAAUAAUAUUCAUCGUCAUCAUACCGUCAUCAUCACGCCCCUUUGAGUGCUAAAAGUUGUAUCCUUUGGUAUCAAGUGCAAGGUCGCGCACCCAUAGCCAUGCAUACGGAAGAUUAUGUAAUCCGCCAAACCUGGGAUUGACCCUUUCGCAAAGGAAACAAAAACACAACAAGAGUUAACAAGACGACGGAGUGCAGUGAAAAAAUAAACUUUGAUUAUGAUGACAAACUGUGUUUCUCUUGGAGCCCUCUUUGCUUUUACAAGCAAGUGAGUCGCGUCCUCCUGCUGCUGUCUCAAUUUGGAGUCCCAUUCAGAGAUUGUUGUGUGGUUUUUGGAUAAUUUUCAAAAAAAGAGUCAACAACCGAAAACAAGAAGACGUCAUAAAAAACACCAACAACGAACAUAGCCAUUAAAAUGCACACAAUAUUUGGUGAUCAAAAUGCUUAUUACCGACACCCCAGUUCCUACUCCCCAGCAUCACUUCAACCCAUGCCAACAAUGGGACCUACGGCUUAUCCUUAUGAACAGUAUUCCGCAAUGUCGAGAUAUAGUCCAUAUGCUGCAGCUCAUUAUCCUAGCCAACAAUCUGGAGCGUCUAAAGACUUGGUGAAGCCCCCGUAUUCAUAUAUUGCUCUCAUUGCAAUGUCAAUUCAAAAUGCACCCGACAAGAAAAUAACGCUUAAUGGCAUUUAUCAAUUUAUCAUGGAACGAUUCCCGUUUUAUCGAGAGAAUAAACAGGGCUGGCAAAACAGCAUUCGCCACAACCUUAGUUUAAACGAGUGUUUUACAAAACUUCCUCGUGAUGAUAAGAAGCCUGGAAAAGGGUCCUACUGGUCACUUGACCCCGAUUCCUACAACAUGUUUGACAAUGGGUCCUACUUGAGGAGACGGAGACGAUUUAAAAAGAAGGACGCAUUGAGGGACAAGGAGGAGACGAUGAAGAGAAUGGUUGGCGUGGUGGUGGGAUCAUCAUCGUCUUCGGACAGAAUGUGUCCUCAACAACAGUUGACCCAUUCUUCGUCACAGUCGAUUAGCAGCAACGAUAAUAGACAGACGUCGAUGACCCCGAAAAAUGCGAGUGCUGAUCACCAACAAGGAAGGUUAAACAGCAGGACGGUUGGAAGCGGCGGAAACUCGACUAAUAAUGGAAUCAUCAUAAAAGGUCAACCUUCAAUAAAAUCAGAGCCGAUAGACAUGAAAAUAGACGACUGUCACCAGCAGCAUACUGGCCCAUCUGGAAAAUUUUCUUCGACAACCAAAGUGUUCAUAGACCGUUUCGAGUCCCACAAGAAUCAGUCGUCGGAUCACGGGGUGGGUGGCGGAGGGGGCAGUGGUUGCUCAUCCACCUCCAACAUGUCCCCUGCGUCCAUGGGAAUUGCAUCCCCACUGAUGAGCGGUUCUCCCCACUCCACGUCCCCCUCUUCCCAUUGCAUCAUCGGCCCCAUAAUGGACCAUGGGCCUCACAUCACCCCAUUCAGUGUGGACAGUUUGGUCACUAAUUCUCGCGAUAGCCCACUUAAUCAUCACAGCAACCCACACCACCCCCUUGACGGCACUUCUUUGCAUCAUCACCACCAUCAUCAUCACAACCACAAUCCGCACCCACAUUCCCACUCCCACCAUCCCAUGAGUUUCGCCAGAUCUCACUCCAUGUAUACUGGAAAUAGUGGUGGUGGAGGGGGGUCGACUUCUCCCUAUUGUUCCAGCGGGGCAAUUCACUACGGUCUGCAACAGGAGGAAUUGAUGAGUUCUUGUCUAUCUGCUGGAAAUUCGGCUGCUGCUGCGGCAGCAAUCGCCAUGACCAUGACCCCAAACCCAGUUAUUGCAGUUGCGGCUUCAUCCGACCAGUAUUCUCGAUCCUGGUACAACGUGGCCAACAAUAACAAUAAUAAUGGAACUUCUUCCAACCAAAAUAAUAACAACAAUGGUGGAGAUCCCAACCAACAACACCCGCCGCCGCCGUUGCAUCACGAGGGCGGCGGUGGUGGUGGUGGGGGCAGCAGCUCCAUUAGUCCUGUUAACUCGUUGACAGUUUCCUCAGCAGCGUUCGAGAGACAUGCAACUUCUGAGCUGUUUGUUGAAGCGGCGACCGGAUCUCCAUGUGCACCUCAUCAUAUCGGUUUUCGGGGUGGUUCGUCUGCAUACAGAUCCUACUACGCUAACGACUGUGCAACUCAAAAAUAUUAAUGAUGAGUUCCAACUGUAAUCUAUCACUGUAAAUAUUCCUUUAUUACUAUGUGUAUGGUUUGCAUUGUGUAUAAAAUAGUUGUGCAUCUGUAUAAUAAAUGUACAGCUUAUUAUGAAAAUCAAA